CAUAAUACGACACUCCGCUACAUUCCACAAAUAUAUAUAGAUAUAUAUAUAUAUAUAAAUAAAUCGUAUAAGAAAGAUAGGGGAGAUUUGAUUAAAAGGCUAAUAAUCUCCCAACAAAUCUCGAAAUCUCCGGAGGAACAACGAAGAAGAAGGAAGAAUGGAUUCGGCGGAGAAGGGUUUGCUCGUCGUGAGCGCCGGAGAAGAAGGAGAAGUCAACAGCAAAGAUGCGUUUUUCCGGGAGAUGAGGAGGCUCGGUUACAUCGCCGGACCGAUGGUUGCGGUGAAUUCGUCCAUGUAUUUUCUGCAAGUCAUAUCGAUAAUGAUGGUUGGUCAUCUCGGCGAGCUUUACCUCUCGAGCACCGCCAUCGCCGUUUCUUUCUGCAGCGUCACCGGUUUCAGCCUCGUCUUUGGUUUGGCGACUGCGUUGGAGACUUUAUGCGGUCAAGCAAACGGAGCUAAGCAAUUCGAGAAGCUUGGAGAACACACUUACACGGGGAUCUUCUCUUUGUUCAUCGUGUCUAUCCCUCUCUCUGUUCUAUGGAGUUACAUGGGUGAGAUUCUCUCUUUCAUUGGACAAGAUCCUCUGGUUUCUCAAGAAGCUGGAAAGUUUGCGACUUGGCUCAUACCGGCGCUCUUUGCCUACGCCACGUUGCAGCCUCUUGUUCGGUUUUUCCAAGCGCAGAGUCUGAUUUGGCCCUUGAUUAUGAGCUCGAUCUCUGCUCUGUGCUGCCAUGUUGUUCUCUGCUGGAGCUUGGUCUUUAAGUUUGGUCUUGGGAGCCUCGGUGCAGCUAUUGCGAUCGGCGUCUCUUACUGGCUAAACGUAACUGUGCUUGGGUUAUACAUGACGUUUUCUUCAACCUGUAGCAAGAGCCGUGCGCCUGUCUCCAUGAGUGUGUUCAAAGGAAUGGGAGAGUUUUUCCGGUUUGGAAUCCCAUCCGCAUCUAUGAUUUGCCUCGAGUGGUGGUCAUUCGAGUUUCUUGUCAUGCUCUCUGGGAUUUUACCAAAUCCGAAGCUAGAAACCUCUGUUCUCUCAGUGUGUCUAUCAACAAUCUCUACCUUGUACCAAAUACCAGAGAGUCUAGGCGCAGCAGCAAGUACAAGAGUUGCAAACGAAUUAGGAGCUGGAAACUCGAAAAAAGCUCGGAUGGCGGUUUACACAGUGAUGGUUAUGACAGGUGUAGAAUCAAUAAUGAUGAGUGCAACAGUCUUUGCUGCAAGAAACGUGUUUGGUUACCUGUUCAGCUCUGAAACAGAAGUUGUUGACUAUGUAAGAUCAAUGGCUCCGCUGGUUGCUUUAUCGGUCAUAUUCGAUGCCCUUCACGCAGUUCUUUCUGGUGUGGCUAGAGGAUCAGGGAGGCAAGAUAUUGGGGCAUACGUAAACCUAGCUGCAUACUAUCUGUUCGGAGUACCGACUGCUAUUCUAUUAGGUUUUAGGUUUAAAAUGGGAGGAAGAGGAUUAUGGAUUGGUAUUACAGUUGGAUCAUUCGUACAAGCUCUUUUGCUUGGUCUUAUCGUCAGCCUCACCAACUGGAAACAACAGGUGAGGAAGGCGAGAGAAAGAGUGAUGGGUGAGGAGUAUGAAGAGAAAGAUAAUGACGAACAUGAAGAGAUGCUCAGCUAAAUCCAAUAAGACUUUUUUGAAUCGUUUUGUCAUAUAUUGUUGUGUUUUUAUUAGGUCGAUAAAAAAGAUUAUUAUAGUAAUGAGGAAUUGAAUGUGCACAUGUACGUGCACAUGAGUUUUGGCCUCUACUCACUUCUUUCCUUGCACAUGAUGACAAUAUGACAUGAUGUUUUUCUUUUCUUCUUUUUGGUUCUUUUCUUAUACAAAGGUUAAUAAUCAUUAAUCAAAUGGCCGAAUAUGGUUUUGAAACUGGCA